UUCCCAUUAUUACAGCUUUUCUCCCCACUAGCUACUGCUACUGGAGCAUAUAUAUAUAUUAAUGUUAUGAGUAAUUAAUUAACUCGUAUAUGUAUACAUACAGUUAAUUUGGAGAAAUGAGUUAUUCGAGCGUUGGUGUGAGUCCAGGGAAUGGAAAUGCUGGUGACACGAAGCUAGUGGUUGAUAGAAGGUUGAGAGUUGCUGAGUUAAUAUUAAGAAGUGCGAUAUUUGGGUUGGCACUUGUUGCUGCUCUUCUUGUGGCAACUGAUAUUCAAGUAAAAGAAAUCUUCACCAUUCAGAAGAAAGCCAAAUUCACGGACAUGAAAUCCCUUGUGUUUUUGGUGGUGGCAAAUGGGAUAGCAGCAGCGUAUUCAGUGAUGCAGAUAUUGAGGUGUGUGGUGGGUAUGGUUAGAGGAACCAGUGUGCUCUUCAACAAGCCCUUGGCAUGGCUUAUUUUUUCUGGUGAUCAGCUUAUGGCUUACACGAUUGUGGCUGCAAUAGGUGCCUCGACUCAAUCAGCUGUGUUUGCAAAAUUUGGAGAGCCACAACUUCAAUGGAUGAAAGUAUGCGAUAUGUAUGGGAAAUUCUGCAACCAGGUUGGAGAAGGGAUAGCAAGCUCAGUCUUUGUUUGUGCAAGCUUGGUCAUUGUCUCUGGUAUAUCGGCAUUUAGCCUCUUCCGUUUGUACGGUGGAAAUAAAAGAAGCAAGACAAGCACAAGUUGGUAAAUCAGGAGUCAACCAAAAGCUUUUCUUUUUGAUGGAUUUUGGCUAUGGAGAUCGUAUAAUCAUUAGCCUUUAAGAUGUGUUACAGUGUUUUACCUUUUGAUUGUGAAAUAAAAGAGGUGGGGGUAGGGGUUGGGGUUGAUCAGGGGGUACACUACAGGCUUGCCUACUUUUGUAUUUGAACUUGUGUAGUCAAAAAUGAAAACGAAAAAAUAAACGUUAUCGGUUUGCAAAGUAGAUUAAAA